UCUGUGCUGCCAGCUUGGCUCUGGAGAAGGCUGCGGAGGUCGGUGCUGCAUAUCGGGUCCCGAGUUGAGCGCGGCUGUUUUCGGUCUGAAGUCGGACACAAACACGGUGAAAGCAGAGGAAAUCCAACCGCUGCGUCCGCUUUUUGACCGGAAGUUGUCAGCGGUGACGGGUCUGGGUAUCUGGAAACUUCUUUGGCGGAGACCCGUAACUUUUACCUGAGGCGGCAGCACCCUUGGCGUCACACACGGUGCUGCUCAGACCGAAGUAAUGUUCAUGCAGUCUGCGAGCUGCCGGCGGAGAUCCUGCAGCACAGGAAGGAUGGCACUCUGUCGGUGGUGGUUGUUCCACUUCCUCCUCUUCACUUCCUGCUCGGCUCACGACUUCUUCACCUCCAUUGGCCAGAUGACGGACUUGGUGUUCACAGAGAAGGACCUGGUCACAUCCCUGAAGGACUACAUCCAAGCAGAGGAGAACAAACUGGAGCAGAUCAAAAAGUGGGCGGACAAACUGGACGCCCUCUCAGCUGCUGCCACUAAGGACCCCGAAGGCUUCCUGGGUCACCCGGUGAACGCCUUCAAACUGAUGAAGAGGCUGAACACAGAGUGGGGGGAGCUGGAGAGCCUGGUGCUCACCGACAUGUCUGAUGUGUUCAUCUCCAACCUCACCAUCCAGAGGCAGCACUUCCCCAACGACGACGACCAGACGGGAGCUGCCAAAGCUCUGCUGAGACUGCAGGACACCUACCAGCUGGACACCAACGCCAUCUCCACCGGAGAACUUCCAGGCAUGUCCCCCACCUCCUCCUCCUUGAGCGCUCUGACGGUGGAUGACUGCUAUGACCUCGGGAAGGUGGCGUACUCAGAUGCGGAUUACUACCACACUGAGCUGUGGAUGGUUCAGGCCCUGAGGCAGCUGGACCAAGGCGAGACGUCUGCGGUUGUGGAUGCCGUCACCGUCCUCGACUACCUGAGCUACUCUGUGUACCAGCAGGGGGAGCUGGAGAGAGCGCUGGAGUUCACCAGGAGGCUGCUGGAGCUCGAUCCGACACACCAGCGAGCCAACGGGAACCUGAAAUACUUUGAGUAUCAACUGGCCAAACAGAAGAAGGCGGAGGUGGAGGAGAAGGAGGAAGAAGACAAGAGGGAGAGGAGAGAGACCAAAGACGACUACCUGCCUGAGAGGAAGAAGUACGAGCAGCUGUGUCGCGGCGAAGGCAUCAAGCUGACUCCUCGCAGGCAGAGCCGCCUCUUCUGCCGCUACUAUGACAACAACCGGCACCCGCGGUACGUGAUUGGUCCGGUGAAACAGGAAGACGAGUGGGACAGCCCCCACAUCGUCCGCUACCACAACAUCGUGUCAGAGAAAGACAUGGAGAAGGUGAAAGAGCUGGCCAAACCCAGGCUCCGUCGAGCCACCAUCUCCAACCCUGUUACUGGCGUGCUGGAGACGGCCCACUACCGCAUCAGUAAGAGACGUGCCACGGUGCAUGACCCCCAGACAGGCAAACUGACCACGGCCCAUUACAGAGUCUCCAAGAGCGCCUGGCUCGGAGCGUACGAACAUCCCGUGGUGGACAAGAUCAACCAGAUGAUCGAAGACAUCACAGGGCUGAAUGUGAAAACGGCCGAGGACCUGCAGGUGGCUAACUACGGCGUCGGAGGACAGUAUGAGCCCCACUUCGACUUCGGCCGGAAAGACGAGCCGGACGCAUUCGAGGAGCUGGGCACGGGGAACCGGAUCGCCACAUGGCUGCUUUACAUGAGCGAUGUGCAGGCAGGAGGCGCCACCGUCUUCACCGACGUCGGAGCCUCCGUCAGACCGAAAAAGGGGACGGCGGUGUUCUGGUACAACCUGUAUCCAAGCGGAGAAGGUGACUAUCGGACCCGACACGCCGCCUGUCCCGUGCUGCUCGGAAAUAAGUGGGUAUCAAACAAAUGGAUCCAUGAACGUGGGCAGGAGUUCAGGCGGCGCUGCGGCCUCAACGAGACCGACUGACGACCGACCCUCCUCCUUCAUCCCAGCCGUCUUCCUCCUCCUCUGCUUCCUGCCUGCAGGCUGCAGAGUGUGACUGCACAUGUGAUCAGACAUGUUUAUUUUUAUCUACAGUGUGUGUGUGUGUGUGUGUGUAUGUGUGUGUUUGGCUGUUUUUUCUUUUAAUGAGAAUCACAUGCCAACAUUCAGACAUCUGUACCUGUCCAGGUGUUCAGCCUAAAAGCUAAAACUUAUCUCAAGAGCAAAGAACGCUGUAUGAAAAAUCCAUUUAAGGACAAGUGAAGCACCUUUAUCCAAUGAGGAGGCUUCUUGUUACAAGCGGAAAAUCUGACUGAUUUAAUCUGGUUACAUCGACUGAGUUAUGCUGAUUAAACCAGAGAAAAGGGGGCAAUUAAAAGGGAGUGAGCAAGCAAGAGAGUUAAAUGUGACAAAUUUUGAAUGGAGUUUGGCUUGAGGUUGCUAACAGCUCGUAAAAUGAGCUCUGCAGCUAAAACUAUGAAACUGACCUCAGUCUGUUUAGUGAGCCUGGAUCCAUUUACACAAACAAUCCAGCUCCCCAGAUAAUAACCCAGCUUCAGACACGAACGCUACACAAGGUCAAAAGGUCAGCGGAUCAGCAGUCUGGAUUAAAUCUUUGGGAGGAAACUUGUAAAAGAGAAGCUCUCAUCAUUCAGCGUUCUUUGUUCUUCUGAUUAAAUUAGUCACUACAGACAGAGAAGCACUCCGUUUUCACUCCUAAACCUUUACGACUGUUACAAAGACGGCGAGGAAUCAAAUUACUCUCGACCUUCAUCACCAAGAAUCAACCAGGAGGAAGGCGGAGAAUCAUCUGAACCGAUCAAUCGAUUAUUUGGCUCUUUUAGACAAUCACAGCUGACACUGAUAUUUAUUGCUUUCUGAGAGGAUUCAUUUAAACGCCUCAGCCAUUUUAUUGAUCAGCUUAUUGAUUCACCUCUCAGGCUUUUUUUUUUUUAAACUCCUCACUGUGUUUUCUGUUUUUCUUAUAUGUAAAAGCUUUUUAAAAUUCUUCUUAACGGCUCCUCUUUUAAAACAUGAUGUUUUAAUGAUUAGCAAAUCAUUUUUUCUGUUGCCUGUUUAUAUUUUUUAUUUUUGUUGUAGUCUGAAAAAGCUUUCUGCUGCUGACUCAUUUCUGUCGUAACCAAGUGGAUUUUAUUUUGACACAACGUUCUGCACAUCAGCUGAACGCUCUUAUUCUGAAGAGCAGAGCAGCAGAAAUAAGUCCUAAGUCAAUAAAACAUUGAAAUGAAACAGCAGAAGCAACAAUCAGAGCCUCAACUUGGACCCAAACAUCACUUUUUCUGAGUGAUACCAUCAGAGCAGCUGUUAUGGUGUCAGGGUAGUUCAAAAAAUGUCUUCCGGACCAGGAAAAAACCAUAAAUGUUCACUCCAAGUGUAGGGAAAACGCUGGUCCCUCACAAAGAAAAAUUCAGAUGAUAUUAGUCCAGAUUUUUUGGCAGAUACAUUUUAUUUUGGUGAGACAUUAAGAAGUUACUCCAUGCUCUUAUUCUGAAAAUCAGGGCAACAGAAAUGAGUCCAAAAUAACUGAAAAAAUAAAAAUUCAGGACAUGAACAAUAAAUUUGGGUGUUGGAAAACAGGAAAAUUUGUUCAUAUCUGGAACUCAUUGAACAACUUCACAAAUGAACUCGGGUGAAGGUCCAUUUUUAGUCAAACUUUUUAAAAUUUCCUGUUUUAAUUUUUCUUUCAUUUUAAAAUGAUUUCUGUCAUUCAGUCUUACAAAAUAAUUGCUUCUGUUCCUGUUUUCCAGAUUGGAUUUUAUUUUGGCGAGACAUGAUUGUGUUCCAGAAGUUACAUCGUGGUCUUAUUUUGAAAAUCGGGGUGACAGAAAUGAGUCCAAAAUCCAUCAGAGAGAAAAAUUAAAGCCCUCCCUCACUGUGUCCAACUGUCCUCAUGGUUACACCCCCUCUUUCCACCAAUAACAGGAUUGUUUGAGAUUUAACUGUGAGGUCAUUCUUGCACCGCAGGUCAAACUCCGGAUAAACAAAGCACGCCAUGCACCAAACCACCUCCUCUCACUCCUCUUUAACCCUUUCAGUGUAUUCUGAGCACGCUCACUUCUUUCUCCAAACAUUUCGAAUCAAGAUUGGUGACGUUGUCUCCUAAACCUGCAGUCUGCCUAGCAGCCAGCAGGGGGCGACUCCUCUGUAGAAGGUGUGCGUACUUCGCUGAGUGUAAAGCUCUUCCUCUUUGCACCAACAGCCAGAUGAUCAAAGCUCCUGACCCUGAUUUUCAGGUUGCUCACAGGGUUCUGCUCUGCGCUAUCUCUUUGACACUCCUGUUUGUGUGUCUGUUGUGUUGGUGAUGUGCAUUUUUUUUUUUGUCCUGUGCAUUUUAACUUGAUGAAAAUGUGUUUCUAAUCAGAAUAAAAUGCUG